CCAAGCCCUAGGGGAAAGGGAGCCGUGGCACUUGGGAAAACUUGACAAGAUGGCCCAGCGCUGACUGGCUGGGCGCGCACGGUUCCCUGCAGCAGCAGCGCGGAGGCCCAUGGCGGUGGCUGAGCUCUACGCGCAGUACAACAGGGUUUGGAUCCCUGAUCCUGAAGAAGUGUGGAAGUCGGCUGAAAUUGCAAAGGACUACAGAGCUGGUGACCGAGUCCUCCGACUCCUGCUAGAGGAUGGAACGGAGCUGGAUUACCCGGUUGACCCGGGGUCACUGCCUCCGCUUAGGAACCCAGACAUCCUUGUGGGUGAGAAUGACCUCACAGCCCUCAGCUACCUCCACGAGCCAGCAGUGCUGCAUAACCUCAGAAUCCGCUUUGCAGAAUCCAAGCUCAUCUACACCUACAGCGGAAUCAUCUUGGUGGCCAUGAAUCCUUACAAGCAGCUGCCAAUAUAUGGGGAUGCCAUCAUCCAUGCCUACAGUGGACAGAACAUGGGUGACAUGGACCCACACAUCUUUGCUGUCGCAGAGGAGGCCUACAAGCAGAUGGCCAGGAACAACAGAAACCAAUCCAUAAUCGUGAGUGGGGAGUCGGGAGCUGGGAAGACUGUGUCUGCCCGCUAUGCCAUGAGGUACUUUGCCACGGUCAGUAAAUCCAGCAGCAACGCCCACGUGGAGGACAAAGUCCUGGCGUCCAACCCCAUUACUGAGGCGGUCGGAAAUGCCAAGACUACCCGCAAUGACAAUAGCAGUCGGUUCGGGAAAUACACAGAAAUCAGCUUUGAUGAGAGAAGUCAGAUCAUUGGUGCCAACAUGAGAACAUACCUCCUGGAGAAGUCCAGAGUUGUCUUUCAGGCAGAAAAUGAACGGAAUUACCACAUCUUUUAUCAGCUCUGUGCAUGUGCGCAGCAGCCGGAGUUUGAGCAUCUUAAGCUAAGGAGCGCUGAAGAGUUCAACUACACAAGAAUGGGAGGGAACACUGUCAUUGAAGGUGUGAAUGACAGAGCCGACAUGGUGGAGACUCAGAAGACCUUCACACUACUGGGAUUCAAGGAAGAUUUUCAGAUGGAUGUUUUUAAGAUUCUCGCUGCCAUCCUACAUCUGGGUAAUGUGCAGGUCACCACCGUGAGCAACGAGAGGUCUUCAGUCAAUGAGGAUGACAGUCACCUGAAGGUGUUCUGUGAGCUCUUGGGCCUGGAGACUGGCAAAGUGGCUCAGUGGCUAUGCAAUAGGAAAAUCGUGACUGCCUCGGAGACGGUGGUAAAGCCCAUGACCAGGCCUCAGGCCAUCAAUGCCAGGGACGCACUGGCCAAAAAGAUCUACGCUCACCUGUUCGACUUCAUCGUAGAGAGAAUCAACCAGGCACUGCACUUCUCAGGCAAGCAGCACACUUUUAUUGGUGUUUUGGACAUUUAUGGUUUUGAGACCUUUGAUGUCAACAGCUUUGAACAGUUCUGCAUCAAUUACGCUAAUGAAAAGCUGCAGCAGCAGUUUAACCUGCACGUCUUUAAACUCGAGCAAGAAGAGUACAUGAAGGAAGACAUCCCUUGGACUCUGAUAGACUUCUAUGACAAUCAACCUGUUAUCGACCUCAUUGAAGCAAAAAUGGGCAUUUUGGAGUUGCUGGAUGAAGAAUGCUUGUUGCCUCAUGGAACUGAUGAAAACUGGCUUCAAAAGCUGUACAACAAUUUUGUCAACAAGAACUCUUUAUUCGAAAAGCCUAGAAUGUCAAACACAUCCUUCAUCAUCCAGCACUUCGCUGACAAGGUGGAGUACCAGUGUGAAGGCUUCCUGGAGAAGAACAGAGACACUGUUUAUGACAUGCUGGUUGAAAUCCUCAGAGCAAGCAAGUUUCACCUCUGCGCCACCUUUUUCCAAGAAACCCCUGUUGCGUCUUCUCCCUUUGGGGCAAUGAUCACAGUUAAAUCUGCAAAGCAGGUCAUCAAGCCAAACAGCAAGCACUUCCGGACCACAGUAGGGAGCAAGUUCCGCAGCUCUCUGUCCUUGCUCAUGGAGACCCUCAAUGCCACCACACCCCACUAUGUCCGGUGCAUCAAGCCAAAUGAUUGCAAGUUGCCCUUUGAGUUUGACUCCAAACGAAUCGUCCAGCAGCUGCGAGCCUGUGGCGUUUUAGAAACAAUUCGCAUCAGCGCCCAGAGCUACCCUUCCAGGUGGACAUACAUCGAGUUCUACAGCCGCUACGGCAUCCUUAUGACCCAGCAGGAGCUGUCCCUCGGCGAUAAGAAGGAGGUGUGCAAGAUAGCUUUACACAGGUUCAUCCAGGAUUCUAACCAGUACCAGUUUGGUAGAACCAAAAUUUUUUUCAGAGCGGGACAAGUGGCUUAUUUAGAGAAACUCCGCUUGGAUAAACUGAGGCAGAGUUGUAUUGUGAUUCAAAAGCAUGUGAGGGGCUGGCUGCAGAGGAGGAAGUUCCUGCGAGAGAGACAAGCUGCCCUGACAAUCCAGCAGUAUUUCCGGGGUCAGCAAACAGUGAGGAAGGCCAUCACUGCCACCGCUUUGAAGGAGGCCUGGGCAGCCAUCAUCCUCCAGAAGCAUUGCCGAGGAUACCUGGUCCGCAACCUGUACCAGCUGAUCCGCGUGGCCACCAUCACCAUCCAGGCCUACACCCGCGGCUUCCUGGCCAGGAGGCAGUACCGGAAGUUGCUACAGGAACACAAGGCUGUGAUCCUUCAGAAGUACGCACGGGCAUGGCUGGCCCGGCGUAGAUUCCAGAACAUCCGCAGGUUUGUGCUCAACAUUCAACUGACUUACAGGGUCCAGCGUUUGCAGAAGAAGCUGGAGGAUCAGAGCAGAGAGAACCAUGGACUGGUGGAGAAACUGACCAGCCUGGCCGCUCUGCGGGCUGGUGACCUGGAAAAGAUUCAGAAGCUGGAAGCAGAGCUGGAACGAGCGGCCACCCACCGACACAGCUAUGAAGAGAAGGGCAGGAGAUACAGGGACACAGUGGAGGAGAGGUUGUCGAAGCUGCAGAAGCACAGUGCAGAGCUGGAGUUGCAGAAAGAGCAAGCAGAGCUGACGCUGCAAGAGAAGACCGAGGAGCUGAAAGAACAAAUGGACAAGCUCACGAGGCAGCUGUUUGAUGACGUGCAAAAAGAGGAACAGCAAAGACUACUUCUUGAAAAAAGUUUUGAGCUGAAAACGCAGGCCUAUGAGAAACAGAUAGCGUCUCUGAGAGAAGAAAUUAAAGCCCUCAAGGAUGAGAGGAUGCAGCUCCAUCAUCAGCUGGAGGAGGGCCGGCUCACCUCUGACAGCCUGAAAGGGGAGGUGGCUCUUCUGACCAAGCAAGCAAAGACCAUCUCUGAGUUUGAGAAGGAGAUAGAGCUGCUGCAGGCACAGAAGAUAGAUGUGGAAAAACACGUGCAGUCACAGAAACGGGAGAUGAGAGAUCGGAUGUCAGAGGUCACCAAACAGCUUCUGGAGAGCUAUGACAUAGAAGAUGUUAGAAGCAGGCUCUCUGUGGAGGAUCUGGAGCACUUAAAUGAGGAUGGAGAACUUUGGUUUGCCUAUGAAGGACUCAAAAAGGCAACUCGUGUUCUGGAAAGCCAUUUCCAGUCUCAGAAGGAUUGCUAUGAAAAAGAGAUUGAAGGUCUGAACUUCAAAGUAGUGCACCUGAGCCAAGAGAUCAACCACCUGCAGAAACUGUUCCGAGAAGAGACAGGCAUCAAUGAAAGUAUCCGUCAUGAAGUCACCAGGCUGACAUCAGAAAACAUGAUGAUCCCAGACUUCAAGCAGCAGAUUUCAGAGCUGGAGAGGCAGAAGCAGGAUCUUGAGUCGCGCCUGAAGGAGCAGACCGAGAAGAUGGAAGGAAAACCAGAAGAGUCGUUCAAUCACCUAAGUCGAGCCAGAGACGGGGAAGGAGUGUGGAGCAAAGCAUCUUGUCCCUUCCUCAGGGCAGUGGAAAUCAAAGGAAAUGAGGGGCCCAUAGAUAAGAUCCAAGAACUGCAGGAGGCCAGCGAGUUCCUGGAGAAGCAACCAGAAGCUGAAGAGGAAGCCAAGCAUAUUCUCCAACAAGAGGCCUCUCAGCUGUCUUUGGAAAACAGGGAUCUUGAGGAAGAGUUAGACAUGAAGGACAGAGUCAUUAAAAAGCUACAGGAUCAAGUCAAGACUUUAACCAAGACAAUUGAAAAAGCCAAUGAAGUGCACCUGCCCUCAGGACCCAAGGAGUACCUUGGAAUGCUGGAAUACAAGAAAGAAGAUGAGGCCAAGAUCAUUCAAAACCUCAUUCUUGACCUGAAGCCCCGAGGUGUGGUAGUGAACAUGAUUCCCGGGCUGCCAGCUCACAUCCUGUUCAUGUGUGUGCGGUAUGCAGACUCCCUGAAUGAUGCCGACAUGCUCAAGUCCCUUAUGAACAAUGCCAUUAACGGCAUCAAGCACGUGGUUAAGGAGCAUCUGGAGGAUCUGGAGAUGCUGUCCUUCUGGCUAUCCAACACGUGCCACUUCCUCAACUGCCUGAAGCAGUACAGUGGGGAGGAGGAAUUCAUGAAGUAUAACAGCCCACAGCAGAAUAAGAACUGCUUGAACAAUUUUGAUCUUACAGAAUACAGACAGAUUCUGAGUGAUGUGGCUAUUCGGAUUUAUUAUCAGUUCAUCAUCGUGAUGGAGAACAACAUCCAGCCCAUAAUAGUGCCAGGAAUGCUGGAGUAUGAGAGCUUGCAGGGCAUUUCCGGUCUGAAGCCCACCGGUUUCCGGAAGCGCUCCUCCAGUAUCGAUGACACAGACGCCUACACCAUGACAUCCGUCCUGCAGCAGCUGAGCUACUUCUACACCACCAUGUGUCAGAAUGGCCUGGACCCCGAGCUCGUGAGGCAGGUGGUGAAGCAGCUAUUCUACCUGAUCGGGGCGGUGACCCUCAACAGCCUCCUCCUGAGGAAGGACAUGUGCUCCUGCAGGAAAGGGAUGCAGAUCAGGUGCAACAUCAGCUACUUAGAAGAAUGGCUUAAAGAUAAGAACUUGCAGAACAGUUCAGCCAAGGAGACGCUGGAGCCCCUCUCUCAGGCAGCCUGGCUGCUCCAGGUCAAGAAGACCACAGACAGCGAUGCCAAGGAGAUCUCAGAGUGCUGCACCUGCCUGUCCGCUGUGCAGAUCAUAAAGAUCCUUAAUUCAUACACACCUAUAGAUGACUUCGAGAAAAGAGUCGCUCCAUCCUUUGUUCGCAAAGUGCAGGCUCUUCUGAAUAACCGGGGUGACUCUUCCCAACUGAUGCUGGACACCAAGUAUCUUUUUCAAGUCACGUUUCCUUUCACGGCUUCUCCGCACGCCCUGGAGAUGACCCAGAUCCCCAGCAGUUUCAAGCUCGGCUUUCUCCGGAGACUGUAGCAGGAGAAGAGAUGGACACAGGUCCCCUGGAGCCCGGAAAUGGACUGCAGUUUAAGGAGGAAAGCCCACACCUCACCUGUCUUUGGAGAUGUCAUGCAGUCGACUGGGCUGGGAAAGGCUCUUGCUUCUGAUCUCGGUGGCUAUUGCUACAACUUCUGAAGACUCAGUUUUGUUCCCAAUGCCUUUGUUUACUCCACUUUGUGGCGGGGACCUACCCCCACCUGCAUAUACAGGAGUGAAAUCUGGGGGCUCCCCAGGUUUCUAAGGUUCCCAUGAAGUCAAGAGAUAUGUUUGAAGCCACAGGCGAGUUCCAUGCCUACACCUUCCAGGAAAGAAUCACCCUUGGCCACUGGAACAAAGUCUUCUUGCCCCAUCGCUACUGGCAGGAAGGGCUCGUUAGCUCUUCUUACUAAAGACACCCCUGGAUUAGAAAACUCUUCACUUUUGACGAUCUAAUGUUUAAGAGAGCAUUCGGUCUGAGAGAUGGGCAUGGUAGCACACACCUAUAAUCCUGGCACUCAGGAGGAUGAGACAGGAGGAUAACCUCGAGUUCAGUGUCAGCCUGGGCUACAAACUAAGAACCCAUCUCAGAAGAAAAGAAGAGCAUUUCAUGUAUAUAUCUAUUUAAAACAAAUUUACUAGCAAGGCUUACUUUUAUACCAUUAAUGAUCUUUUCUAAAGAAUUUUUUUAAAAAUGUACCAACCAACAUUGAGGGUUGUGGUUUCAAGACAGGGUUUUUCUGUAUACCAUCCCUGGCUGUCCAGGAACUCGCUCUGUAGACCAGGCUGGCCUUGAACUCACUGAGAUCCACUGCCUCUGCUUCCCAAGUGCUGGGAUGAAAGGCCUGUGUCAGUAGCUGUAUGCUCACCGUCCUGCCAACAUAAUUUUUAUAAUCUCAUUUAAUUUUUUUUAAAUACAAUUACUUCUUUUAAAACUAGAUUUAGUUGUGGGGUCAGAGCUCUGUGAUAGAGCAGUUGGCCCUGGGUUUGACCCCGGUACCGCACACACACCUAAACACACAUUCAUUCACACACAAGCAUACACAUGCAACUUGUGGGUUCUUUUCUUUAACUAAUCGGUUUUCUAAUAUGCUUUUUAAAUAUCUUCAUGAAAGAAGCUGAAGAUUUGGGCAGGCUAAUUUGAGAAAUCUAAUUUUCCAUUGUUUCGUUUGAACCAGCUACUCUUUCCCCCAAACUAUUUCCCUUCCCUUCAGAAUGCAGCCCUUUGAUGGGCACCCCUGGCCCAUAGCCAAGACCCAACGCUUCUAUGCACCCCAAGCCACCUGACCGCCCUUUCGUCUGAUGGUCUCGGGCAGCGACUGCGACACCACAGAAUGCAUGGUCAUCUCUGGGUGAUUAUGAAGCAGAGCCACCGACAAACGUGUGCCAUCCUACUGAUGUGCGGUACCCGGACAAUGAAAAUAGAACUUGAUAAUGCUUUAAUAAAGUAA